CCUUGCUAGUGUUAAAUGUGGCCAACACUCUAUUGCAGGGAACCAACAGUAGCAAUCUCUGCUGCACUCGUUAAACAGCUCCGGGAGGAAACAGGAGCAGGGAUGAUGGACUGCAAGAAAGCUUUAUCGGAAACUGGAGGGGACAUUGAGAAGGCACAAGAGUACCUCAGGAAGAAGGGUCUUUCAACUGCUGAUAAGAAAUCCAGCCGGAUUGCUGCUGAAGGCAGAAUUGGGUCCUACAUUCAUGACUCCCGCAUUGGAGUACUAAUUGAAGUCAACUGCGAGACUGAUUUUGUGGGUAGAAGUGAAAAGUUCAAGGAGUUGGUGGAUGAUCUAGCAAUGCAAGUUGUGGCCUGUCCACAGGUGAAUUUUGUGUCCAUAGAAGAAAUUCCAGAGAGCAUCGUGACAAAGGAAAAGGAGCUCGAGAUGCAGCGUGAGGAUAUUUUAUCAAAACCGGAGAACAUAAGAGAAAAAAUUGUUGAGGGGCGAGUCUCAAAGAGGCUCGGGGAGCUUGCACUUUUAGAGCAGCCGUUUAUCAAGAACGAUAGUCUCUUAGUGAAAGAUAUGGUCAAGCAAAUUGUUGCUGCUCUUGGAGAGAACAUAAAAGUCAGGAGGUUUGUUAAGUUCACUCUUGGAGAGACAACUGAGACUCCAAAAACCGAAGAAGCCAAAGCAUGAGAGAUAUACUUCCAACUCACCCAAAAGAUAAAAACCUCCACAGCAUGUUAGUGAUUAAGGAGAUUUGAAAUGUGAGUAAAACUAAUUAUGGAUAUGUUAGAUCUGAGAAACGAGCAUUUUGGAAUUUUUUAAUUGUGAUUACGAGGAUAUCUGAUUCUUUUUGCGGUGGUUAAAACAAGUUUUCAAAAUGUAGUAGACAAUGCUGUUCACAUUAAAUUCCAUAAAAGCUGAUUUUGAUUUUAGAGGAUAAAGAUUUUGAUUC